AUGGCAGAGAGGAAUGAGGUCUGCGUCGAGCUUUCCGACCAUAUAUAUAUAUAUAUCGAGGAACCCGGUCAUCUAGGCCGCUGGAUAGAAUUCCAUCGAGGUCGAGGAAGGUCGUGUCAUGGGUCGGAGGGACGAAGGAGGAUAAUUUGCUGUCGUUACUGGCUUGAAAUGCGUCCAAGAAAUGAUCAGGACAGAUUGAAAGCAAGAGACGUCCGAUUUCGAGAAGAAGAUGCUUCUCAUUGGUCACGGUCACGGCCCAUACGACAAUUGGGUGACGAGGAGCGGUCAAGGUGUUUCACGAUAUGGAAUCAAGAGGUCCGCGUAAUGUAUUACAGAUCAUUGCAAUUAAUGUGUUCGAUUCGAAGAGAGGCCAAUUCGCCCAUCGAUCGAAAUUAAUCCACCAAGUAUAAGUAACUCAAGAUUUUGCGUUUUAGACAAGAACAGAGGCUACAGUCGAGCAGUGUAGGGCAUCGAGAGAAAGAUCUGGUAGGUUUGUUGGUUGGGCCAUCCAGUGGAAUGGCGAAGUUGGGAUGAAACUAAAGGAGGAGAAAAGUUGGGAAAGUAACGUGUCACG